AUGGAUCCAAUAUUCAGAGAUUUGCCUCCAGGGUUCCACUUUAGUCCUUCCAACUGUGAGAUUGCAAUCUAUUUUUUGAAGAACAAAGCUUUAGGACUUCCCAUGGAAGCUCGUUCGAUACCUGAAGAAGAGUGUCAUGAUCUCUUCUCAAAGCAUCCUCGUGAUCUCCCUGGCUAUCCGGGAGAAACGCAUUGGUACUAUUUUUGCAGGAAACGUGACAGCCAAGUUAACCCUCACAAUCUCUGGACACCAAUCGAACAAGAAUCUGAUGUGUUAGAUCCCAAGAAUAACGAUGCUCUAGUUGGUUUCAGCCGUCGGUUUGGUCUCGUUGAGAUGGAAGAAGGAUCUGAUGAUUCUUGUUUAUCUUAUGAUGAAGAAGAAGCUCCAAAAUAUGAUUGGUUCAUAGAUGAGAUUAGCCUCCCACGAACUGUCGCGGAUACUGAUUUGGUUUUAUGCCAUGUCUUUGGCGAGGAGAUUGAACCCCAAGUUAUUCAUGAUUUGCCGAUAACCGAAGAUGGAGAGAGUGUUGAUAACCCUGCAGUGUUCUUCGGUCUUCUUUAUAAUUAG